CAUCAGGCAGCUGAAGGAUUAGGAGGAAGCGGCAGCCAUUUUGGAGUAGAGUGUGGGGCCGGACAGUGCGCGGAUCCUUCCCUUCUCCCCUCCGCAAUGGCAGCCCCGCUCGGUACCGGCGCCCGCUCGGAGGAGACUGGGCAGGAGAAACAGGACAUACAAGAGAAGGAAACCAUCAUCCCUGAGAGAGCAGAAGAGGCAAAACUCAAGGCCAAAUACCCCAACCUGGGCCAGAAGCCUGGAGGCUCUGACUUCCUUAUGAAGAGACUGCAGAAAGGGCAAAAAUACUUUGAUUCUGGUGACUACAACAUGGCCAAGGCAAAGAUGAAGAACAAGCAGUUGCCAAGUGCAGGGCCAGACAAGAACCUGGUGACAGGAGACCACAUCCCCACCCCCCAGGACCUCCCACAGAGGAAAUCCUCGCUCGUAACCAGCAAGCUGGCAGGGUAGCCUGCCUCACAGGCUGGGUUUUUUUCCUACUUUAUUUUUUUCUUUUGGCUAAAUGGAUUGAUCUUCACUGUACCAUAGGGACAGGAGCACCAGAAUACACAUAGUUAUUUGAGUA